AUGGGAAAGCCUUCAAAGCCUUAUGACUGUAAUCAGUGUGGAAAGACUUUCAUACAAAGCUCCCAUCUUCUUGAACAUCAGAGAACCCACACUGGAGAGAAACCUUAUGAAUGUAUUGAGUGUGGAGUGACUUUUGCACAUAGAUCCAAUCUUGCUAAGCAUCAGAGAAUUCACACUGGUGAGAAACCUUAUGAAUGUAUUCAGUGUGGAAUGGCUUUUGCACGUAGUUCCAGUCUUGUUGUACAUCAGAGAAUCCACACUGGGCAGAAACCUUAUGAAUGUAAACAGUGUGGAAAGACUUUCUCACAGAACUCCAGUCUUGUUGCACAUCAGAGAAUUCACACUGGAGAGAAACCUUAUGAAUGUAGUCAGUGUGGAAAGGCUUUCACAAAGAUGUUAGGUCUUAAUGCACAUCAGAGAAUCCACACUGGAGAGAAACCUUAUGGAUGUAAUCAGUGUGGAAAGGCUUUCACGGAGAGUUCCAGUCUUGCUAAGCAUCAGAGAAUCCACACUGGAGAGAAACCUUAUGAAUGUAAUCUGUGUGGAAAGACUUUCACAUUCAGUUCCAGUCUUGCUAAGCACAGGAGAAUCCACACUGGAGAGAAACCUUAUGAAUGUAGUCAGUGUGGAAAGGCUUUCACAGUGAGCUCCCAUCUUGCUGCACAUCAGAGAAUCCAUACUGGAGAGAAACCUUAUGAAUGUAAUCAGUGUGGAAAGUCUUUCACACACAGCUCUGUUCUUGUUAGUCAUCAGAGAAUCCACACUGGAGAGAAACUUUAUGAAUGUAAUCAGUGUGGAAAGACUUUCAUACAAAGCUCUGUUCUUGUUAGACAUGAGAGAAUCCACACUGGAGAGAAACCUUAUGAAUGUAAUCAGUGUGUAAAGGCUUUCAUAAGGAGUUCUAAACUUGCUGCACAUCAGAGAAUCCACACUGGAGAGAAACCUUAUGGAUGUAAUCAAUGUGGAAAGACUUUCACGCAGAGAUCCAGUCUUGUUAAGCAUAGGAGAAUCCACAGUGGAGAGAAACCUUAG